AAACACUCUCUGAAGUCUGAACCUCUUUCUUCCAACCAAAAGGAGCUGUCGUCUUCCACCACCACCAGUAAUUUUCGUUUUGUUUUCUUAAACUACGUCGUUUCACCUGCUUCAGCCGUCGUCACCAGCCUCGGCUGCCGCUACCGAUCUGACUUAGGUUUGGGAGAUUUAAAGUGUUUACAAAAUGAAGUCAGUGGUGGGAAUGGUUGUUUCCAACAAGAUGCAAAAGUCAGUAGUGGUGGCGGUGGACAGACUGUUUCAUCACAAGAAGUAUAAACGUUAUGUCAAGCGGACUUCCAAGUUCAUGGCUCACGAUGAGCACAAUCAAUGCAACAUUGGUGACCGAGUUCAGUUGGAUCCUUCUAGGCCAUUGAGCAAGCGUAAGAAUUGGGUUGUUGCUGAAAUUCUUAAGAAAGCACGAAUCUAUGUACUGCCAUCAGCAAAUACUGCUGCUGCUUCAAGUGACAAAACUAAAGCUUCAUCUUCAUAAACGUAAUAAGUUGGAGACCUAUUCAGCUUCAGUAGAUGUCACCCUGAUAUUGUUUUGCUUUAUUUCAACAAUGGACCAUGCUAUAUUCGAGACAUACAGGAAGUGUGAAGACUUGGAUGUCGAUUGCAAUUUCACGAAUUGCUAGUAGCAGUAAUGCAUGCUGGGCUGAUACUGAAAGAGUUAAGCUUCUGCUUCCAUUUGUUUUGAAUAUGAAUAAUUUUUGGACAGAUGAACCUUUCAGUAGCUAAUGCGCUUAAUAAAAAUGCUGUUAAUUUGUGCUGGAA